CGUCGAAACAGUUUUCAGCAUGCAACCAUGCUGACGCUUUCAGUGGUGGGAGUAAAUUCGACCUGGUCGGUACCUCCCAUUGAACUUGUGUUGUAUAUAGGUGUUCGGGUCUAUCCCUCUGCAUAGAGCUCUUCGAGGUAGUUCUUCAAGCCAUCGGAGCAGCGGUUAUGAUGGGACGCGUUUAUGCCUUCCACAAUCGAGACCGACGUGUCCUGAGUCUCCUCGUUGUGAUUGCAACGAUCCCUGUAGGAGUCGCCUGUUGGGGACUGUCGAUUCGUCCACUACCACCCCCAUCCUACAAAAUCGCAACGGCUCAGGUCACCCAUACUGGGUGUCCUGAUCCAGAGACUCCAGUACAGGCUUCAAGUUGGGCUGCAGCAUGGGGUGGUCAAAUGUUGUUUGAUGCUCUUGUUUUCACCCUUACGCUCAGGAAGCUGAUAAGCAGUCGUUCCCUUGGAAAACGGACAUUCACGGCCUUGGCAUUGCGUGAUGGUGCAUUGUACUUCGCUGUGAUGACCGUUGCGAACGUCCCAAACAUUACUACAUUUUUGGUGAUGUCAGAUCCAUUCAAAAGGUCGAUGUUAUCCGUUCCGACGAAUACGCUUUGCACGGUGAUGAUCUCCAGGUUAAUGAUCAACCUUCGAGAUCUGGAACGCAAGUUGACAACUGAGCCACCUGACUGUGGGCCAGUGGUCGGCCAGGCGAUUCCACAUGAAAGAUGAGGAUUCAUCGACCGUCCGUGGAGUUCAGUGCAUCCACACAUUCUGAGUUUUAAAACGAUUAAAGAUACGUCUGGCUUACCCUGUAGUAGUAUCUUACUUAUUUAUGUUGCUCUGGUCAAAUUAGACAGCCUUGCCAUUACGACUGGUACUUAUACCGACGGCGGCCAUGCCAUAUCCAUGCCGCAGCCGGUAGACCCCAAACAGACAGCUGACUUGCGACUGUGUUUCAUUGCGCCACCACUAUUGUCUGCGGCCGCAUUUCGGUUGUGCCUAUG